AUGACCAAAUGCAGAGAGAAGGAUAAUGUGAAGAUGCUGCCCCAGGAAGAGAUUGAAAGAAUCCAGUCCCAAGACAGCUAUGUGAAUUACCUGAGUAUCCAAACUGUGGCUCAGGCCUUAAAUGUUGCCUCUUCAUCCAGGUCAAAGAGGAUGUUGAUUGUGGGUGGAGGCAGUUGGGAACUUCAAAUGCUACAGCCAUGGCAGCUUCAUCAUUUCUUAAAAGAAGUCCAGUUCUACUCUAAUACUUCAGCUGAUGGGCAGUACUUGGAUGAGAAUGGGGCACUGGCCAUUGACUUCAAUAUUGUGAAUUGGACCGUACCUCGUUCAAGAUGCACAGAAAGCUGUCUCCCUGGAUAUUCCAGAAAAGUUCAGGAAGGGAAGCCGCCCUGCUGCUAUGAUUGUUCUCCCUGCUCUGAAGGGACCAUCUCCACUCAGGAAGAUGCUGAUGAAUGCACCAAAUGUCCAGAAGAUCAGCAUCCAAAUGAAGACCGAGAUCAAUGUGUCCCCAAAGAAAUAACCUUCCUGUCCUAUGAAGAAUGUUUGGGGAGCAUCCUGGCUUCCCUUGCCCUCCUCUUAUCAUUAGCCACAUGUUUUGUGUUAGGAAUCUUCAUCAAAUACAAGGAAACACCAAUAGUCAAGGCCAACAACAGGGACCUCUCCUACAUCCUCCUCAUCUCUCUACUGCUCUCCUUUUUGUCCUCCUUCCUCUUCAUUGGGAGGCCAAGGAACAUGACCUGUCUUCUCCGUCAAACAGCCUUCUGCAUCAUCUUCUCAGCUGCUGUCUCUUCUGUCUUGGCAAAAACCAUCACUGUGGUGCUGGCCUUCCUGGCCACUAAGCCAGGGAACAGGGUGAGGAGAUGGCUGGGGAAGGGUUUGGCCAACUCCGUUGUCAUUUCCUGCUCCAGUGUCCAAGUUCUCAUCUGCGCCAUCUGGCUGGGGCUCUGUCCUCCAUUCCCAGAUUUUGACCUGAGCUCCCAGCUUGGAGAGAUCAUUCUCCAAUGCAAUGAAGGCUCUGUGGCCAUGUUUUACACUGCCCUCGGCUACAUGGGCUUCCUGGCUGCCUUCUGCUUCACAGUGGCUUUCUUAGCAAGGAAUCUGCCUGGGGCCUUCAAUGAAGCCAAGCUGAUCACCUUCAGCAUGCUGGUCUUCUGCAGUGUUUGGGUGUCCUUUGUUCCCACUUACCUGAGCACAAAGGGAAAAUUCAUGGUAGCUGUGCAGAUCUUCUCUAUCUUGGCUUCCAGUGCUGGGCUCCUGGGCUGCAUCUUCAUUCCCAAAUGCCACAUUAUUAUAUUGAGGCCUGAAUUGAACACAAAGGAGCACCUGGCAAGAAAAAACUAA